AUGGCAUUCACAGAGGCUCUGGGCACAGAUGGAGCAAGGCUCAGCGACAUCCUCGUUGAGGCUGCGUUUCGGACUGAACCUGAAGUGAUGCUAGACAUAGAGGAGGAGGAUCUGCUUAUCCAGUGUGAUACAUUUGAGGAGUUCAAGAUAGAAGAUGAUGAGGAAUUAUUAAAGAUAUGUGAUGGGAUAAACAUGAAUGAUCAUCAUGAGGUCUUUUCAUCUCUCUUCAAUAAAGUGAGCCGCUCUCCGGUCUCCAUCCAGCUGCUGUCCAUCCUCCAGAGCCUGCUGCACUUGGAACCAUCUCAUCAUUCCAGCCUCCUGCUGUGGGAGUCCUUGGACGCGGUAGUGAACAGAGCCCUUUUGCUCGCAAAUGACAUCCAAGGGAACACAGUUGAAGAAGUCAUUGAGAGGCUGCUGUCUAUCAAGAAACAUCCAAACAAGCAAAAGCGAGCUGAAAACCGGCUGUCUGGAAGUGCAAAUGGAGGCAUCCAGGCUGAGCUAGAACCAUGUGCGCAUGCAGCUCAGAGCCCAGCGGGAUCAUCAAACCCCUCCAAGGCACCAGCAACUCCCUCAGGGCCACCCGCCAAUGAAAAGAAGAUCUCAUCCUCCCAGCUCACAGCCUGCUCUGCUUCACUGGAGACAUCUAACCCUCCACCCAACGCUGCUCCCACCCCGGCACCUCCACCCCUACCACCUCCACUCCCACCCUCUGGCACGGCAGCCAUGACCCCCACGUCCCCCAUGAUGAAUGCACCUCCAGCCCCUCCGCUCCCUGGCAUCCCUCCACCCCCACCCCCGUUGCCUGGCAUGGGGGCUAUUCCCCCUGCUCCGCCCCCAUUGCCCGGCAUGGUGGGCAUUCCUCCCCCUCCGCCCCUGCUGCCUGGCACGCAUGGGUGGCAUCCCUCCACCCCCACCCCCAUUGCCUGGCAUGGGUGGCAUCCCUCCCCCUCCACCCCCAUUGCCUGGCAUGGGUGGCAUCCCUCCCCCUCCACCCCCAUUGCCCGGCAUGGGUGGCAUCCCUCCCCCUCCACCUCUCCUGCCCGGCAUGGCAGGAGAUCAUAUAGAAGCCGUGGUGGCCUCCCAGUUCAGCUGCCCUCUUGGCUCGGGCAGGCCUCCCCACAAGACGGUGAAGACGCCAACGUUGAGAAUGAAGAAGCUCAACUGGCAGAAGCUGCCCUCCAACGUGGUGAGAGUCACUCAAUGUGGGCUUCAGUGAGCAGCAGCAGCGAGGAAACUAUAGAGCCCAAUUACACAAGCAUCGAGCAGCUGUUUUGCUUUCCACAACCAACCCCCAAGGAGAAAACAGCCGCACCAGUGAAGGCAGAACCGAAGGAGAUCACAUUUUUGGACUCCAAGAAAAGUCUCAAUUUGAACAUAUUUUUGAAGCAAUUUAAAUGCUCCAACGAAGAGGUGGCUGCCAUGGUCCAGAAUGGGGACCGCACCAAGUUCGACGUUGAGGUUCUGAAGCAGUUGCUGAAGCUGCUGCCUGAAAAGCAUGAGAUAGAAAACCUGAAGGCCUUCAAAGAAGAGAAAUCAAAGCUAGCAAACGCAGAUCAGUUUUAUCUUCUCCUCCUUCAGAUUCCCAGCUACCAGCUGCGCAUUGAAUGUAUGCUGAUCUGUGAAGAGACCACCGUUGUGCUGGACAUGAUUCAGCCGAAAGCUGAAGCCAUCCGGAGAGCCUGCGAAGAUCUUCUGAACAGUCAUCGCCUGCCGCUCUUUUGUCAACUGAUUCUCAAAGUUGGAAACUUUCUGAACUACGGAAGUCACACGGGCGAUGCCGAUGGGUUUAAAAUCAGCACUUUACUCAAACUAACAGAAACCAAAGCAAACCAAACCCGCAUCACGCUGCUCCACCAUAUUCUGGAGGAAGUAGAAAACAGCCACACGGACCUACUGGAACUGCCAAAGGAUCUUGAAUAUGUUUCAAAAGCAGCAGGAAUUAAUCUUGAUAUUAUACGCACGGAGUCCAGUACCAAUUUAAAGAAGUUGCUGGAGCUUCAGCGAAAAGUCUUAUCAUCAAGCGACGAUGUGAAACAACAGUAUGAGAAACCUAUCCAGGAUAGCAUUGAUGCCUCCAGAAAGCUGGAAGAAGAAUUUGAAACCAUUGAAAGGAAGAGAGAAGAACUUGCAAAUUAUCUCUGUGAAGACCCAAGCAAGUUGUCCUUAGAGGACAUAUUUAGCACCAUGAAGACCUUCAGAGAUCUCUUCAUCCGAGCCCUGAAGGAAAACAAGGACAGAAAGGAGCAAGCUGCCAAAGCAGAGAAGAGGAAGAAACAGCUGGAAGAGGAAGAGGGGAAGAGACAGAAGGGAGAAAAUGGAAAAGUCAUUAAGAAGGGGGUGGUGAAGCAGGAGGAGGUGUGCGUCAUCGAUGCGCUGCUAGCCGACAUAAGGAAAGGGUUCACGCUGAGAAAGACAAAGAACAGACACGAGUCGGAUGCAAUUCCUAAAACCUUGCCUGCGGAGAGCCCAGAGGAGAACCAGUCUGGAAAGAGCAUUAAGGAUCCACAAGCAGCCGGAAAGCAGAUCGAUGAUAAGACCAAGCAAAACAACUAUGGUCAUCCCUCAGAAAGCACUCCUCCCUCAACCAAUGCCCUGAUGGAGACGGGUGGAGAUGUUACAAAUGCCUCAGCUUCAAACCAAGCAUUAUCUAAAAACAAUGCUGGAGGAAAUUUGCCACCAGAGUCCCGGAUGGAAAGCCCCUCAGUAAGCUUGGUGGAAGCUGACGGGGCCGGUCAGCCCAUGCCAGGCACCGGGAUGGAGCAGGCAGACAGCUGGGCAAGCCUCCAGCCAAGCACAAAGAGCAGCUCCAUUGCCUUCUCUGCUGUUAACAUAGGCACGGCGAUAAGGUUCGGGAGCAGCAGUUCGGGCACUGCUCUGACAGACCAACUCAAUGGGUCCAUCUCAGAAGGCCAGGUCAAGGAAUGCCCAGCUGAUGGCUCAGAGAGCUACAGGCUGGCACAGGAGCCAGAAACCCAGCUGAGCGAGACUGGGGUCGACCCUGGCAGCGCUCAGUCCGCUCCCUGUGAUGAGGCUCAUCAGGCAGAGUCGAAAGAGAUGGCAAAGGAGAAUGAAGACCCUGGUACAGACUCGCUGUUGGACACCUCUCAAGAGAAGUCCUUCUCGGAGGAGCCAGCCACUGACUCCUCUUGUUCAGCAACGCUCCCCCCAGGGCAAACUCACACCGACAGGGAAAAGCAGAGGCCAUCUGGGAAACGGAGGAAGAAGAAGAGGCACAGCAAAAGCUACUCAGCAGAGGUUGAGACUGAUACUGGAGAUAAUAAAACAAAAAAAGGUUGUGUGGUACAAUGAGGUGUCACAGCAAGGCAGAAGAAAUAACAGAGACCCAGCGAACCGCUCACCUGCCCCCGGAGCGCUGCCAGCUUCUCAGAAGCCGGGUUCUGCAUCGCCGCCACCGUGGCCACCUCUGCCCCACCAGGACGCACCGCUUCUCCCCGCGCAGCCUUUCACUCCCCUCCCCAAGACCCAAAGAGCCUCCCUGGAGACUUUGGCCCCCUCAGCCCGUGCCUUACGCCGGGCGCCCGCGGGGCCGGUUCUGUGCAUGGCAGCGUGAAAGGGUCAGACCUCUCGUCCGCUGUCCUGGAAGCCAAGUCUUUCAACCUGCUCUUAGGCCAAACUCCUCUUGAAACAACAGCUGAGUGUGGCCCAAGAAAGGACCGCAGUGUUUAGCCCUCAGAGAAAUGUUAAAAAUAGCAGUGCCUCAACUAAAUUAAGAGUAUAAAUUAGGCAGUGGCUGUAUCAUCACAGGUGGAAGCAUGUUAACUCCCUCUUCUCAUCGCCCACCGACAAUUGAUAUUGGACCAGGUCCACGACCCAAAUCAGACAAAUGUAUUUUUACUCUCAAUCAUUUAAAGCAAGGGAAAUUGGUUACAGGGGAAAAAAAGGUUAAAAAAAAGUAAAAGAAAAAAAUACAUAUUUUAGUAAGCAUAUGGCCAUAUAAACAGUGUCUGGUUCCUACAUGAUGCUUAUGUGCAAUUAAGUUGAAGCACAUCAGUAGUCUUGCAGUAGUCUUCUCACACACACAGAUGCAUCCAUCAACUUCUGGAGAACCAGGGCCCCAGUUCCUCUUACUAAAGCAACAGAAAGAGGUUUUCCAGAGUGCUCUAUCAUCGGACACAUUUUCAGCUGAUCCUUUUGUAAAUCUCUGGGUUUGAAUGCUGUUGCCAGCUGCUUGCACUCAAAAGUCUUUGUGUUCAAGCUGCAGAACGUGUAGAUUCAUGUUACUUUUGCUUUAAGACUGGGAAUGUGCAGUAUUGUGUUUUCAAAAUUCAAAGCUUUAUUUCUCAAGUUUUGUAAUAACAUUGUAUCAUAGUUUUGUACAUAGCUGUCCAUUUAAAAUGAUCUAUGUUUGUUGAA